GGAAUCGUUCUGAUUAUAAACGAGGAAGUAACGUGACAAAGGGAGUGUGUGUUGUUUGUUUCAUCAGAACAUACACUUAUCUAUAGUUUUACUAUGGCUGAAACGGCUGUUGGGGAACUGCAACCCGGUAAAACAGGAUCAAUGUCACUACCGCCAAACUCUCUAAUAAGUGACCAAGUGCGAAGACUUGCUAUAGAAAUGAGAGUUAUUCUGAUCGGGAAGACAGGGUCUGGUAAAAGCUCUACUGGGAACACUAUUUUAGGAGGAGCACCAUUCAUUUCGCAACCAGGAGGUACUUCCGGCACGAGAAACUGUUCUUUUUCUAGGGCAAGCGUACACAGCAGAAACAUUAUGAUUGUUGAUACUCUCGGGCUGUUUGACAGCCAUCUCUCUCAAGAGGAAACACAGAAAGAACUAAUUAGAUGUAUAGGUCUCGCUAUUCCAGGUCCACAUGCGUUUUUACUCACAAUACGGGCAGACACCCGGAUUACACCGGAAGAACGUGAUACUCUAGACCUACUGCGACGCACAUUUGGAGACUCGAUGGUAGAUCACACCAUGGUGGUGUUUACACAUUCAGAUCAAAUGAGAAAACAAUUUCUGACUGACCAUCAAUUUCUUGACAGUCUCCCAGAUGAGAUUAUUACGUUUAUUCAUAUGUGUAAAGGUGAAUCUGUGUUUCUAGAUAACAACGCAUUAUCACCAAAGGAUAAAGAUAGGCAAGUCAAAACCAUACUCAGUAAGAUUGAACACAUAAUAGACCAAAAUGGUGUAAAAUAUUAUUCAAAUACGACGUUUGAAAUAGCAACAAAGAUGACACUAGAAAAAAGGAAGAAAAGGAAACCAAAGGCAAGCCCGAAACCAUUAGAUCUUAUUGAAGAGGAACCAAACCUUCCUAUUUACCGAGAAGAGGUAGCCGAUGAGCAGCCACAUACCCGGGCAGAGGCUGAAAUCGAUGACCAGGAUAGACAAGAAUAUGUAGAUGGUGGGAGAGGAUUGUAUGCAUUGAUUGUACGUCUCAGGAACUACUGGGAAAGAGUUAAACGCUUCUUUUCUUUUUGAAAACACGUGACAUUUCUGAAAUAUUGACUAAUCACUCGGAGUAUUAUAAGUUCUAUACAUCCUUUCAACCGAAGUUAAGGUCUAUAUAUAUUAUGUAUAUAUGAUAAUGGUUUUUCUGAUGAUAAACAUUUUAACAUUAACUUGUGAACUAUUUUAUUGUAGCUAUCAUUUUACAUAGCUAAUAUUUAGGGAAGAUGCGAAAAUUAAAACGUUGUUCAUCUGUAUUUAAAAUGUGAUGGAUACACAAUAUGAUUAAACAU